GUGAGUGAGAACAAAGAACAAGCCGCGGGUUAUUUUGGUCAAUAGGAAUAUCGCAGAAGUGGAAAUAUCUUUGGGAAGUAUGACCAAUGUUGGUGAUGGCGGACGCCACGAUGCAUCGAUAAACAAGGAAACAACACAAGCUACCGCAACGCCGCUCUCAUCUGUAGAGGGGGAUUCAUCGAAUGGGGGCCCGAAAGCAGCCGCGGCCCUCUUGAGCCUUGGCCAGGACUUGACGAAAGGACCGACGGUAGCGGCCGUUGCUUCCGCUGUAGCAAUGGUUCCUGCUUCAUGUGGGAUAGUUAUAGGUGCAAACCAGGGGCAGCAACACGUUUCACAACCGAACCACCACAUGGAGAAUACAUUGGAAUUAGUAGCGACAGGCGACAUUCCUAUGCUGCCAACAGAUAUCGAACCUAGAAUACCUGAWKCAGCAACAACUAUUGUUGCCGCCAUUAGCACCKACAACGAUGUGAGUGCAAAGAAACRAAAAAAGCGAAAAAGAAUUACUCCCGAGGGGAAUGAAAACGACCAGGGUGAUCCUCCCGACCUUUGGCACUGGCUAGCACCCGAAGAAAAUAUCGGAAAUUGGGAUGUUCUUUGUGGACGAGGUGGUAAGUGAAGAACAAAUUAGUCCGGGGGGAAAGCUUUGGAUUCCCCKUUCAAUAUGCUGCUUCGUUCGUACAUUCGUCCAAUAGAAUAUCGACCCAUGUUGCACUAUUUUUAAUCUUGACAAUUUUCYCUGAAUGCUUUGCCAGGAGAAAGCAACAACUUUAUUGGAAACAAACGAUAUCGAAAAGUCGUGUGUGAAAAGAAGGAGGAAUAUCGAAGAAUUGACGUGAAGCAGAGAAAAAUGAAAACUAAUUUUGUGCGAGAAAUCGUCCAGCACAUACAAGAUCGUGGAGGACGAUUCAUCGACAUUGGUCCUGGGGGAAAAUAUUAUGUUGUUACCAACGAGAGGGCAAGGAAAAAAACGUAAGUUUAUGCAAUGCAGUUCACUGCUCAGAGUGGCAAAUGAGUACGUUUCAGUGGUAUCUAGCUAGAACUGCACUUAUUGCCUUGAUUUUCUGCGUUAUUUUCUUAGAUCGCAAGCACUGCGUGAGACGAAAGAGCUAAAGUGGCUCGUAGGUGACGAUGAAAAUGACAAAGACGAUCAAUGCCAUGAAAUAAGGAUGAAGAGAAAAAAGAACGUCAGUAACAAAGAUGCAGUAUGCCC